CCCAAAGAACGAACGGAAGAAGCUCCGGCUCAAACUUGCAGUGAGGACCAAUUGCAGAAACUCCUCAGUGCUAAUGCAGAUCAGAUUGAACGCUCCAAAACUUUGGGAUCAUUCCAGCCGUUUGCACGGGACCCGCUCAAGCAAAAGCGAUACGAGCAAUUUCUGGUUUGUAUGAAGAAUAAUCGUCGAGACGGUCUGGCCAUUCUUCAACCAAAGACCAUGACUGAUUGGGAAAGAGAGCGGGAAAAAGUCGAGUUUGAACGCGCUGCGCUGCUCUACCGACCCAUGUCAGGCACGAUGAACUCAAAAUUUGUCUCUGCAGGCAGCUCGGAAGAUGCGGCCGAGACAAAAUUGUCGGAGCCCAAAGAUGGCCAAGGUGGAACGGGGGGUGACGCUAAAAAAGCGGCUCAAAUGAAGAUGUUUGGUCGUUUAACCCACGAAAAGGUGGAAUGGCAUCCGGAUCGUUUGCUCUGCAUCCGCUUCAACGUAAAGAACCCGUUCUCCAAUAACUCGGUAGUGGGCGUGGCUAGCCGUGAGCGCUCAAAAUUCGAAUUAUUCAACUUCACUGAACCGGUUGGUAAAGAUAUCAAAACUGUAACAGAGCCGGAAUCACAAAGAGACUCCCCAGGAGUAGCCGUUGACCAUGAAACUAAACAAGAAGAACCUGUAGGCAUGGAUAUUGUUGUCACAACAGAAGAGCCUAAACCAGAAAAGCCGCCUUUGUACCUCUUUAAGUCGAUUUUUCUCGAUUCCUCGUCCUCAGAGAGCGAAUCUGAAGAGUCGGAGGAGACAAAAGUCAACCAUGAUGACAACAAGUCAAAGAAAGCCUUGUUUGGAUCGGAAUUGGAAUCUACGGACAAGCCUAAACCUUGGGAAGAAAAGAUAGAAAACACAUUGCGAAAUCCAUCCGCUCCCAAAGGAAUCUUUGCUAACAUCGAUUUUGACAGGUUGAACCAAAAGAAAUCCAGUGGAGAUAGAGAGGACUCAACUUCGACGAAUUCACAGGCAAAAAUCUCCGAAACCGCCCAACUUAUUGCUCCAAGAAGAAGGGCUGCCGAUUUUUUCGAAGACGAAGAAAGUCCAGAUAAAACAGAGCAACCAUUUGGGCCUGCUAGGCCUGAGCAUUUAAGGCCUCGGUUCACUCUGAAGCGCAAAGAGUCAUUGGACGAGGAUUCCCAAGAAUGGGUGGAAGAUACAAAAAGCCAACACAAGAAAAAGAAGAGAAAAGUGGAGAAGAAAUCGAAAAAAGAUAAGAAAAGGAAGAAGGAGAAGAAAUCCAAAAAGUCCAAGAAGAAGAGCAAGAAGAAAUCCAAGAAACAUGAUUCCACCACAUCCGCCUCCGAUUCUAGUGCAAGCGUGUCGUGACGAAAUCACACUGUUAUCAUUCGUGUAAUGUAACUUAUUUAUUUGUCUUGGACGAAGCAAAUUUAUGGCACUCACAAUAUAUACGUGAUGAUUCAUUCUGAA